AUGGUUUUGGCUCCCUCAUUUAUCAACACACAGCUAACGCCAGUCGAGCUUGCCUUGAAUCCGGGAAUACAGACGUUCAAGGCUAUCCAGUGGCGCCACAUAUACAAAGGCUCGGAGGAUAAAAUGUGGGCCAGCCACGGCCACGGCGAGUACUCCGAGAUCCCCAAUGAGAAGGAGUUUUUUUCUGGCUGUGAAGGCCAGCGAACACGUCAUCUGCCAUUUUUACCGCGAGAAUUAGCCUUACAAGAACUUGCACCUGAGGACAUUAUGAAAUAUGUUCGUGGUAAAGCUGUUGGUUGGGGUAAACCUUGGCUUCAGAAUUCUAUGUCGGCUUGGUAUGUAAUGUGGGGGACCACUGGGUGGUAUGCCGUGUGGUCUUAGAAAAGCGAGAGAUCUAUGUCUACGACUCGUUGGCCCACAAUUCAGAGGACAUUCUUCGUCGAGCGGAGACAUUGGCCCCUCUAACCCACUUGUUGCCACCGUUAUUGCCACUUUAGCUAUUUUUGCACUUUGGAAAACUUGGAUGGUUGCAUAUUGUGUUCAUUGAAUAUUUGUGGGUUGGAUUGACUACUGUGGUUUGUUCAUUAUAACGCAUGCUUAAAGUUUGGAAGUGAAUUUGGGCUGGAUUUGUUGAAUAUUGUUGAAUGUGUGGGUUGGAUUUAUUUUUCUACUUAUUUAAUAAUUAUGUCAUUGUAAACAAUCGUAAAAUAUCUAAGUAAAACUAUUAGAAUUGGUGUG